CUUCGUUUUGGUGGGUUUUGUUUGUGAGAGAGAAUCCAUCUGGCCUUUUUAGUUUUCUCAAGCACUAGACAUUGAGUUCAACGCGAGAACGUUUCUACUUGGAGAGUUCCAAUGGAUAACACCAAUAUGUACAGAGUUGCAAGUUUGCGUCGGAGUCGGAAUGGAUCCGGACUUUGGAGGAACACCAAUGCUGAAGUCUUUUCAAGAUCAUCUCGUGAUGAGGAUGAUGAAGAAGCUCUCAAAUGGGCUGCCUUAGAGAAACUGCCGACAUAUGACCGGAUAAGAAAAGGGAUACUGUCCGGGGUCGCGGGGGAGCACAAGGAAAUUGACAUUGAUCAGCUUGGGUUUCAAGAGAAGAAGAAUCUUCUGGAUAGAUUGAUUCGAGUCGCCGAGGAGGAUAAUGAGAAGUUCCUGUUGAAGCUCAAGAACCGAAUGGAUCGAGUUGGGAUUGAGAGUCCUACGAUUGAAGUCCGAUUCGAGCAUUUGAAUAUAAAAGCAAAUGCUUAUAUUGGGAGUAGGGGUAUACCAACACUCAUCAACUCCGGAGUUAAUGUAAUUGAGGUAAUUCAAGCGUAUUUGGGUGUUGUUUACAAUCAAUUUUAUUUUUAUUUUUCAAUGGUAACCAGAACCAAUCUUGCAAUUUCUCUUUCAUUCUUACAGGGCAUUUUGAACGAUCUCCACAUUCUUCCCAGCCGAAAGAAAUCUAUAUCGAUACUUCAUGAUGUUAGUGGAAUCAUCAAGCCUUGCAGAAUGACUUUGCUUUUAGGCCCACCGGGCGCAGGGAAGACCACUUUACUAUUAGCUUUGGCUGGGAAGCUUGAUUCGGAUCUAAAAAUUUCAGGAAAAAUAACUUACAAUGGGCACGGAAUGGACGAAUUUGUUCCUCAGAGGACUUCCGCUUAUAUCAGUCAGCAUGAUCUCCAUAUCGGGGAAAUGACAGUGAGAGAAACCUUGGCUUUCUCAGCCAGAUGUCAAGGAGUCGGGACCCGCUACGAAAUGCUGACGGAGCUGUCGAGAAGAGAGAAAGCAGCAAACAUCAAGCCAGAUCCAGACAUAGAUGUCUACAUGAAGGCUUCAUCCUUGGAAGCUCAGGAAGAAAACGUAGUCACAGACUAUAUUUUGAAGAUCUUAGGACUGGAUAUCUGUGCUGAUACCAUGGUAGGAGAUGAAAUGCUGAGGGGUAUUUCGGGAGGACAAAAGAAGCGUGUCACGACAGGUGAGAUGCUUGUGGGACCUGCAAAGGCAUUGUUCAUGGAUGAAAUAUCCACUGGUCUGGACAGCUCCACAACUUUCCAGAUUGUCAAUUCCCUGAGACAGACUAUUCACAUUCUUGGCGGGACGGCACUGAUUGCACUGCUUCAGCCAGCACCAGAGACUUAUGACCUCUUUGACGACAUCAUUCUUCUAUCGGAUGGGCUGAUUGUCUAUCAGGGUCCACGUGAACAUGUGCUAGAGUUCUUUGAAUCCAUGGGUUUCAAGUGUCCUGAGAGGAAAGGUGUUGCAGACUUCUUACAGGAAGUCACGUCAAUAAAGGAUCAGCGGCAGUACUGGGCACGUUCAGGUGAGCCGUACCGCUAUGUUCCGGUCAAGGAGUUUUCAGAUGCAUACCAGUCCUUCCACAUUGGCCGUAGAUUGGGAGCAGAACUUAGCACCCCGUUCGACAAGAGCAAGAGCCAUCCCGCUGCUUUGACGACUUCCAAAUAUGGCAUUAGCAAGAAGGAGCUGCUGAAAGCUAAUAUUGCGAGGGAAUGGCUGCUUAUGAAGAGAAACUCCUUUGUUUACAUCUUCAAAAUGGUCCAACUGAUCGUUGUUGCAUUGAUCACAAUGACCGUCUUCCUGCGUACUAAGAUGUCCCAUGACGAUGUGACCGGUGGAAACAUUUACAUGGGUGCUCUAUUUUUUGCACUGAUCACUCUCAUGUUUAAUGGGUUUGCGGAACUUUCAAUGACCAUAGCAAAGCUUCCCGUUUUCUACAAGCAAAGAGACCUCCUCUUCUAUCCUCCAUGGGCAUAUGCUCUGCCAUCAUGGAUUCUCAAGAUUCCAAUAACAUUUGCAGAAUGUGCUGCAUGGGUUGGCAUGACUUAUUACGUCAUUGGCUUUGAUCCGAAUGUUGGAAGGAUGUUUAAACAAUAUCUGCUACUCGUGUUGAUUAGCCAGAUGGCAUCUGCAUUGUUCCGGUUGAUUGCUUCAAUGGCUCGGGACAUGAUCGUUGCCAAUACAUUUGGAGCCUUGGCGCAACUCAUAAUCAUGUCGCUUGGAGGAUUCAUUCUAGCACGACCUGAUGUGAAGAAAUGGUGGAAAUGGGGAUACUGGGCCUCGCCCCUGAUGUAUGCGCAGAAUGCGAUUGCAGUGAAUGAGUUCUACGGAAAUAGCUGGAAUCAUAUUCCUACGAAUUCGACUUCGACGAAAUCAUUAGGAAUCCAAAUCUUGGAAGGGCGAGGAGUCUUCACCAAGUCAAACUGGUAUUGGAUCGGUGCCGGUGCAUUGGUCGGAUACGUGGUCGUAUUCAAUGGUGUCUUCACUUGGGCUCUUGGAUUUUUCAAUGCAUUUGGGAAGUCUCAAGCGGUUUUAUCUGAAGAGGCCUUGAAGGAGAAGCAUGCCAACAGAACUGGAGAACUCAAUGGUCUGGUGUUAUCAACUGCUUCGGCAGAGACCACUGAUGGUUCUAAUAAGAGCAAGAAGAAGGGCAUGGUUCUUCCAUUUGAACCUCUUUCCAUCACUUUUGAUAACGUCAUAUACUCUGUGGACAUGCCGCAGGAAAUGAAAUCUGAAGGUGUUCCAGAUGAUCGGUUAGUACUCCUCAAGGGUGUAAGUGGGGCUUUCAGGCCUGGAGUUCUUACAGCACUGAUGGGUGUCAGCGGUGCUGGUAAAACCACACUGAUGGACGUGUUAGCCGGAAGGAAAACUGGAGGAUACAUAGAAGGAGACAUCAAAAUAUCUGGCUAUCCCAAGAUUCAAGACACGUUCGCUCGCAUAUCUGGAUACUGCGAACAGAAUGACAUCCACUCUCCUCAUGUUACUGUCUACGAGUCUCUCCUCUACUCUGCAUGGCUCCGUUUACCCGGCGAUGUCGAUUUGAAUGCAAGAAAGAUGUUUAUUGACGAGGUGAUGGAGCUCGUGGAGCUGACUUCAUUGAGGGGUGCACUUGUUGGGUUACCCGGCGUGAACGGGCUGUCAACUGAGCAGCGAAAGAGGCUUACAAUUGCUGUGGAGCUCGUCGCCAAUCCGUCUAUAAUAUUCAUGGAUGAGCCUACAUCUGGACUGGAUGCGAGGGCGGCUGCCAUUGUGAUGAGAACGGUGAGGAACACUGUCGACACAGGAAGAACUGUGGUGUGCACAAUUCACCAGCCCAGCAUUGACAUAUUUGAAGCCUUUGAUGAGCUAUUCCUUAUGAAGAGAGGUGGGGAAGAAAUAUACGUGGGCCCAUUGGGCCAUCAGUCCUGCCAUUUGAUUAAGUACUUCGAGGGAAUCGAUGGCGUUAGCAAGAUAAAAGAGGGUUACAAUCCCGCUACAUGGAUGUUGGAGGUGUCCUCCAUUGCCCAAGAACAGAUCUUGGGGAUUAACUUCGCUGAGACAUACAAGAACUCUGAUCUUUUCCGGCGGAACAAAGCUCUAAUCAAUGAACUGAGUGCACCUCCCCCUGGCUCGAAAGAUCUCUUCUUUCCCAGUCAGUACUCACAGUCCUUCUUCAUACAAUGCAUGGCCUGCCUAUGGAAACAACACAUAUCAUACUGGCGCAACCCACCAUACACUGCCGUGCGGAUGUUCUUCACAACCUUCAUCGCCUUGUUGUUCGGGACAAUAUUCUGGGAUCUUGGCACCAAAACGAAUCGGCGACAGGAUCUGUUCAAUGCAAUGGGUUCUAUGUACUCAGCAGUUCUGUUCCUUGGAAUCGAGAAUGCCGCAUCCGUGCAGCCAGUGGUGGCCAUUGAACGAACGGUCUUCUACAGAGAGCGGGCUGCGGGAAUGUACUCUGCUUUGCCAUAUGCAUUUGCACAGGUCGCUAUCGAGGUUCCAUACAUCUUUCUUCAGACUGUACUAUAUGCUGCCAUUGUCUACGCCAUGAUCGCAUUCGAGUGGACAGCUGUCAAGUUUAUGUGGAAUGUCUUCUUCAUGUUCUUCACAUUGCUCUACUUCACAUUCUACGGGAUGAUGGCAGUCGGCAUGACUCCCAACCAUGACAUUGCUGCGAUAGUUUCGUCUGCAUUUUAUGCCAUAUGGAAUCUCUUCGCAGGAUUCAUAAUUCCCCGACCUAGAAUCCCAAUAUGGUGGAGAUGGUAUUAUUGGGCAUGUCCCAUUGCAUGGACCUUCUAUGGAUUGGUCGCUUCUCAGUUUGGAGACUUGGAAAAUACUAUGGACGACAAUGGCCAAACCGUAAAGUUCUUCCUAGAGGACUAUUUUGGAUUCAAACACAGCUUCUUGGGAGCAGUUGCCGGUGCAGUUGUUGGCUUUACAGUGCUCUUCGCCGUCGUCUUCGCUUUUUCAAUUAAGGUGUUGAACUUCCAGAGAAGAUGAUUGAAUGUUGCUGAUCAUAUGAGGCCCACCUUGAGGCAUUUGGGCUGCUACUACACAGAUUUUUUUUUAUUGUAUUUCUCUGUUUCAAUGCUGAUGAUU